GUCUGGGGGCAGCUUUAAGUCCUUCAGAGUGAGCAAAAGACGAGGGGAGAGAGCCAGCAUGGCCCAGAAAAACAACUUUCAGUUCUCCAUCAGGGAGUACAGACCCUCAGAUCAACAUGUGGUCAUGUCACUCUUUCGCGAUGGGAUUUUUGAACAUGUUUACCCAGCCUUUUUCAAGGCCAUGAGCCAUCCAGAUCAUAUCGGUAUUGCUCUGAGUAUUUCCAUGGCUGGCUAUGUGCUGGGAGGCAGCUCCUACUUCCAAGCUCUACUGUUUGGCAGUGCAUGGGCUGGCCUCAUUUAUUAUUGCUGCCAUGAUAUCUAUGAGGGCUACAUGAUGAGGAGGCAAAGCACAGAUAUGGCCGACAUUCAAGCCAGCUACCUGGAAGAGCCUGACAACGGCUUCUGGGUGGCGGAGGCGGACAUCAAUGGCCAGUCGAAGGUGGUAGGGAUGGUGGCAGUGAUUGGGAAAAGGGUAGAGGAAGAAGGCGAGAGGUUUGAAGACUGGAAUGGUGGAGUGACCGGAGGAGGCUCCGAGCUGGCUCAAGAUGCUGGGGAUGGAAGUUACGGCGAGAUGUGUCACAUGGUUGUGGCAUUUCCAUGGCGCCGCAAAAACCUGGGCUCGCAGAUGACACGGAAGGCUUUGGAUUUCUGCAAAGAAAGGGGCUUCAGUCGGCUCGCUCUGGAUGUGAGCUCACCGCAGACAGCGGCCGUUUCCCUGUAUGAAAAAUUGGGCUUUGUUCAAACUGCGUCCCAUCGUAACACACACGCCAACCGCUUGUUCUCCAACCUUGCCAGAAUAAAUGUGAUGCGAAUGGAGAAGUUAAUAUAAACAUAAAAUUAACUUUAGACAGCAAUUACUAGAACCUCAACUGUACAGCACACCAAGAAUAUGUCAGUUAAUUUAAGCUUAUAUCAUCAUUGUGUGAUAUCUGGUAACUCAUGUCUCAUAUUCACUAUCAAGUAGUUUGAAAAAUAUAUUAAAUUUCAUGUUUUUUCCACAAAGCAGGAUUAAUGAUCUCAGUUUCCUCAUAUUUCUUCUUGCCUUGAUGUAU